AUGCUCUGCGCCAUCAUCCGCACGCCUACCACCUUCACAUCCGAGCCGCAAUCCUCCUCUGGGCCGUCCUUUUCCCAGCUCCUGGUGUUGAAGACUAAGGCGGUCCAACCGAUUUUCAGCAUAUCCCACGCCCGCCGGUCUCGAACUAUCCAUGCGCCACUGAUGCAGCGCCGAAGCAAACCGACCGGCAUUCGCUCGUUUACUGCUCUUUGGGAGGAACUAGGUUCAUCACGCAACCUGAGCGCGUCGUUCCGCCGCGAGACCAUCGGCGACCACCAGGCAGGAGCCGUCUUCAUGGCUUCCUCAGAGGUUGACCAGAAGUUUCUCGGCAAGCUUGCCAAGGCCGUGGAGAACGACAACCCACUGCUCGCCUCCGUCUUGUUCCGCAUUCUCGGGCUUUCCAUCAACCUCUCCGCCCAACUAAUCAAAGCCCGAAAGCAGCGCCGCCAAGAUGCGGCUCAGGCGGCAGCCGCCUUGGACCUGACGUGCCACAUCAUCUGGCUGUCGCGCGAAGGGCUGGUCUUACUCCAACAAUACGUUUUGCCCAUGGUUGGCAACUAUGUCGAGUUGAAGGUGCUGGCAUACAAGCUGCGUGCCUCUUUUUACCACAUCUUUGUCCUCUUCCACAACACUCCGCCUGUUUCUACCAUGGGCGUCUACACUCCGGAGAGCCAGGCAUCGUCAACGGUCCCGGGCUUACCGCCGUCGCGCGUCGACAAAGGCAAAGGCAUCGCGAGGGACGACCAAGAAGCGGACCAAGCCGGGAACCCGCCCACGGGCGGACCGGUAGCCCCUCCCCCAGGGUUCGGCCCAGCACCGCCCACCGCCUUCCUCCUGAAGCCCGGCAAUUAUCUCCCGGAAGCGCACCAAUACUUUCGGGAAGCCGUCCAGCUGGCGGAGCAGUUAUUAUGGGGGUCGCAUUCGCUCCGCCUAUCGGUCAAGACCGAGUACGCCGCCUUUCUCUACGAGUGCAUCCACGACGCCGAGGGCAGCCGAAAGCUGGCGAAAGAUACCAUCGCUGAGGUCUACGAGGCCACCGAGGGUAUCGACAACGAUAUGUUCAACGACGCCUGCGAGCUCGUCACGGUGCUAGGGAAGAUGAUGAAGCGGGGCCUCGGCAAGGCGCAGGGCUCGAGUUCCGGCACCCAAGGAACGCCGCGGGCUGAGCAGGGGGAGGGAAGUGCGCCGCCGGGGAUGAUAUAGCUGCCCCCGCCUUGAGGACCGCCUUUGGUCCCUCUCCAUUGAACCUCCGGGGCAUGUCGAGGAGUAUAUUCUCGACAUAAUCAUCCCUUUCCGCGUCCGGCCUGCUACAUUCACCACACCCUCCCGGUCAACGCCGGGGCCGAUUCGACCCCUCCGUCCAAGGCGUGCGCGGCAUGCCGACUCCACAAACACAACACUUCGAUCUCCGAGGAUCAGUAUUCAUGUACGUGUACAUAGCGGGGCACAUUGGCGCUUGCGGUUUCUUCGUUCGUCACUUUAAUCUUUGCAUGCUGCUGUUUCCGCCUUGCUCGUCUUCUUCAUGAUACCCGGAGCGUCAACAGCAGGCGGCGGUGGUGUCUCUCUGGCUUGGACUGUAAUUUAUUUUGGGGCGGUGCAUUUAUUCUGGCCCUAGCUGCUCGUCUUUUUGGGGCCAUGGUGGGCAACGCGGCGCCUUUGGCAAUGCUACUUCAGAGAGACACAAGCAGGACGGGAGGAUGCUGUGCAUUUGGAGCGGAGCAAGUACCUGUCUCCUUUCG